CUUACAAAAAUUGACAUAAAAAAGCAAUACAAAAAAAGUUUCCCCAAUACAACCAACUUAACCACCCCCAAACCUAAUUAGUAAUUAGCCUUUUUUUUCUCAAAUUCCCUCUCUGUCAUUCUUGCACCCCUUCUUCUCUCUCUACGUUACUUCCCCAUUACAGAACCAAUUGCACUGCACCGUUUUUCUCCCUCCUCAACCUCAACCUCAACCUCAACCAGAUGCGCUGAUUAAUUUUCUGGAUUUCCCGGGUCGGGUCAAUGUGGCCAUCGUGGGGGAAAUCAUCGCAGAAGAUUUCCGAUACACCUAAACACAAAUUCCAAUCCUCCAAUUUCCGAUGUUCGUCGUUUAAAGACAUCGAAAAUCUCUGCAAUUUCGACCUCGAUUUCCCCAUUUCUUCUUCUCCCAAUACUACGAACACCACCCUCAAACGGCAACCUUCUGUUCCAACCCAACCUCGAACCUGCCGCGCCGUUUUCCACCGAGUCCGAACCGCCAACUCGCUCCUUCAACAAUGGGCCAGCAGAUCCAACCCACCAAAACCCGAGAAUACCCCCACAAGAGCAACGCCCGGCUCAUUAACAGAAACCAGCCCCAAAAUACCCUCCCCUGAUGCCCGAAUCGUGGUUUACUACACUAGUCUCCGGAUAGUCCGGCCCACAUUUCAGGCUUGCCGGGCGGUUAUGUCGAUACUACAAGGUUUCCAGGUGGUUAUAGAUGAGAGAGACUUAGCGAUGGAUUCGAGUUUCAUGUCGGAGCUCCGGGAACUUCUCGGAUUAAAACCCACCGAGCAGCUGGCCUUGCCGAGGGUUUUCAUUGGUGGGAGAUACGUAGGUGGGGCGGAUGAGGUUAAAUAUCUUCAUGAGAUCGGUGAACUCAAAAAGCUCGUUUCCGGAAUACCCCCAAAAAAGCCCGGUACGUGCCAUACGUGUGGUGGGUACAGGUUUAUCCUCUGCGCCGAGUGUAGCGGUAGCCAUAAAAUCUUCUCGGAAAAAAUUGGGUUUCGUACUUGUUCGGCGUGCAAUGAGAACGGUCUGAUUCGAUGUCUUGAUUGUUCUUCACCUCCUUUCCGCCGUCCGAUUUUAAUGGCUGCUGAUUGAUAGACAGGUCCAUCUUUCCUUUUUUAUUUUUUUAUUUUAUUUUUUUGGUUUUUAGAAUGGGUAAUGUUUAGGCCCAUUAGGGCCUUAAUUAGGUCCGAGAUAUAUUUGACAUUUUUCUUUUUGUUUGGAUUUGGUUGUGUUUUUGUUAUCCAUGUAGUGUAAAGAUGAUGAUGACAUAAAUGGAGAAAAAAAGGAAAAAAAUUGGACAUAUUUUUUUGACAAAAACUUUAUACGGAGUAUUAUAAUGUUUACCGAUUUUCGGCUAAAA